AUGUCCAAGGUAGCGGAAAAGGACAAAGCACGAGCAGGGAAGCUGCAUCCAAUACUCGCAAACCGGCACCUCGAUACACGCAUCAAAUUGACGGUUUUGAAGAGCGUAAUCAUACCGCCGCUAGAGUACGCCGGAGAAGUAUGGGAAGGAAAUAAGAAGGUAGUGAAAGAACUCGAGGCGGCGCAGAUGAAAGCAGCGAAAACCAUCCUAGGAUGCUCCA